AUGAGUAAGGAACUGUCUCUCGGUCAGUCAGCUCAGUAUGUUGGGCCCUACAGACUGGAGAAAACGCUGGGGAAGGGACAGACAGGACUGGUCAAGCUCGGGGUCCACUGUAUCACGGGUCAAAAGGUCGCGAUCAAAAUAGUCAACAGGGAGAAGCUGUCGGAGUCGGUCUUGAUGAAGGUUGAAAGGGAGAUUGCCAUUCUGAAACUGAUUGAGCAUCCGCAUGUGUUGAAGCUGCAUGAUGUUUACGAGAAUAACAAAUACCUGUACCUGGUGCUGGAGCAUGUGUCUGGAGGAGAGCUGUUCGACUACCUGGUGAAGAAAGGCCGGCUGACUCCGAAAGAGGCCAGGAAGUUCUUCAGGCAGAUCAUCUCUGCUUUGGAUUUCUGCCACAGUCAUUCCAUCUGUCACAGAGACCUGAAGCCUGAGAACUUGCUCCUGGACGAGAAGAACAACAUCCGAAUCGCUGACUUUGGCAUGGCCUCCCUCCAGGUGGGAGACAGUCUGUUGGAGACUAGCUGUGGAUCCCCACAUUAUGCGUGCCCUGAAGUUAUACGGGGGGAGAAAUAUGAUGGGCGGAGAGCAGAUGUGUGGAGCUGUGGGGUCAUCCUGUUUGCUCUACUGGUGGGCGCCCUGCCUUUUGACCAUGACAACUUACGUCAGCUCCUAGAGAAGGUGAAGAGUGGGGUGUUCCACAUGCCCCACUUCAUCCCCCCGGACUGCCAGUCUCUGCUCAAGGGUAUGAUCGAGGUCAACCCGGAAAAGAGGCUCACGCUCGAGGCCAUCCAGAAACACGCCUGGUAUCAGGGUGGUCGAAACGAGCCGUGUCCUGAGCAGCCUCCUCCCAGGCGAGUGUGUGUGAGCCGAAUCUUGUCCCUGACUGAGCUGGACCCAGAUGUGUUGGACAGCAUGCACUCGCUGGGCUGUUUCCGAGACAGAGUCAAGCUCACACGUGACUUGCAAUGUGAAGAAGAGAAUCAGGAGAAGAUGAUCUAUUACCUACUGCUGGACAGGAAAGAGCGUUACCCCAGCUACGAGGACGAGGACUUGCCUCCGCGCAAUGACGUAGCAGACCCUCCUCGAAAGCGGGUUGACUCUCCCAUGCUGACGCGCCACGGCCGCUGUCGCCCCGAGAGGAAAAGUCUUGAAGUGCUGAGUGUUACAGAACAGGGGUCUCCCACCCCGCCUCGCAGGGCCCUGGACACAGCUGCACACAGUCAGAGGUCUCGCUCGGUGAGCGGAGCCUCCACUGGUCUCUCCUCCAGCCCCCUCAGCAGUCCCCGGGAGACCAAACAGGGAACCACCACCGCACCUCGCUCAGCGCGGGCUCACGACAAGCCCAAAGCUCCCCCCAACCCAAAGACCCAGACCCUGCCCAGCAAGGGACCCGCCGACCGACCCCACCUGCAGCCCAUCAAAUCCCUGCCUCUGCACAACCCAUCCUCCCGCUCCCCCUCUCCGCUUCUGUCACCCAUCCCCCGUUUCUUCUUCCCCUCGUCCUCUGUCCUUAAGUCAGUGACUAAGAGCUUCUACCCAAACUCUGCCCACUCUGUGCCGCAGGUAACCCCCCAAGGCUCUCCACUGCCCACCCCCCUGGGCACCCCUGUCCACCACCCUCACCACCCCUCCUCCACCCCGCCCUCCUCCUCCUCGUCCUCGUCCUCCUCGCGGGCGGAGGGUGGGGGAGGUGUGGGCUCGCUCUCGCUGACCCCGCCUUCCAGUCCAGGAGGGGGAAGCGGCAUGGCGGCGAGCAGCUCUGCUCACUGGAGGACUCGUCUCAAUUCGUUCAAGAACAACCUGCUGGGCUCGCCGCGUUUCCAUCGCCGCAAGCUGCAAGUUCCUACAUCAGAAGACAUGUCCAGUCUAACACCAGAAUCUAGCCCUGAGCUGGCUAAGAAGUCAUGGUUUGGAAACUUCAUCGGCUUAGAGAAAGAGGAGCAGAUCUUCGUGGUCAUCAGAGACAAACCUCUUAGUUCUGUCAAAGCCGACAUUGUGCACGCCUUCCUGUCUAUCCCAUCGCUCAGUCACAGCGUCCUUUCCCAGACCAGCUUCAGGGCCGAGUACAAGUCCUCCGGCGGCCCCUCCGUCUUCCAGAAGCCCAUCAAGUUCCAGGUGGACAUUGCCUUCUCCGAGGGCGAGAGAGAGCGGGACAGGGAGAGGACCGAGAGGGAGGGCAGGAGGGAGACAGGAAUCUACAGCGUGACGUUCACCCUCAUAUCAGGUCCAAGUCGCAGGUUCAGACGAGUGGUGGAAACGAUUCAAGCCCAGCUUCUCAGCUCCCAUGAUCAACCCAUGGCGCAAGCCCUAUCUGAUGAGAAGAACGGCCGGCCCCACGGGACCCCCACCCGCCAAAACUCGAGACGCUCCGAGGGUGGGGGCGACAGGUGUGAGUGGGGAGACCGAACAGACGGAGGAGGCAUCGGAGGCAGCGGGGGAGUUCUGCAGCGCAGAGGCUCAGCAAAGGAGAGAACCCGACUGCUGUCCUCCAACGGAACCCAGUCCCAGCCGUAGGAUAGAAAGUGAGACCAUGCAGCAGGAUGCUUGAACUACACCCGAGAGACGACAGUGUAACUCCAUCUCAACGUAUCCCUGCAAGCCAUGAGCUACUCCUCUUCUUCCUUGACUAAGUUAAUGAAGGUGCUUGACCAUAGCAAGGAUUGAGCCUUUUCCCUCCGUCGUGUUUUUUUUUCCAACUCAUCAUUCUCUUGAUCUUUUGGAUCAUCAGGAUUCCUUCCCUUAAACGAGAAAGAAGUGUUAGGGAAUGACCCUUUAAUGAAAAAAAACGAAACUUUGUGAAUGAGCAUUUUGGUAUCCAUCAUAGAUACAGCUUCACAGAUCAAACUAGGACAUUUUGAAGUGCUAAUGUGCAUGCCAGUCAGCAAAUCAGCCAGUUAAAGGAUGCUGACCUGAUCAGAUAGGCUAGUCUACCAUAUCAUUGUUAUCCAGUUUCUGACACCAAAAAGAAGUAACAGUCUUGUUCUCAAGAUUCAAAUUAAUCCAGUGCGCUCAUAUCACUAUCAAGCAACACGCAAUUAUCAGUCCAUACUGAAAGACAUAUAGAUGUAACCUCAGCAGAGGAACCCUAAACGUUAUCAGCCUGCUACCACUUCAGCGACGAGCUGAG